AGCAUGCAAUGAUCUGUAUAAUGUAAUUCCACUGCAUUUAUGAAAAACAGCUCAAAAGUACACUUAAAUUUCUGGAUUACAACAAAUACUUUUGUAUGUUUUUCAUUUCAUUAUCAGAACAGUAUACUCUACGGCAUACAAGGUGGUGACCAGAUUAACACCUUACUCACAUUUCUACCCAGAAUGCUGUCCAGGUUGGAAAAGGUUUCAUUCCCACAACUGUAAUCAAGCUUUGUGUGCACAAAAUUGCAUGAAUGGUGGUACGUGUUAUAAACCCAACCACUGUGCCUGUCCAUUGGGUUGGAGAGGCUACCAGUGUCAAACAGAUGUGAAUGAGUGCAGUGAACAGCGGCCCUGUGCUCACAAGUGCGUGAACACCGCGGGCAGCUAUCGGUGUGAGUGCAGAGACGGAUUCAGGUUGAUAGGAGACGGCCGUUCCUGUCAAAGCCUUCCUCCUCUUCCUCCUCCUCUUCCUCCAUCUCCCUCCCAGCCUGCUGUGGGUGGUCACUCUCAUACGGAUGAAAGACUUAACCUGGUGGAAAAUGUUACAGAAGAAGUACAAAAUCUUAGAAACAGAGUGGAGCUUUUAGAAAAGACUCUACAGAUGGUACUGACCCCCUACAACAGUAUCUUCCCACUGUCUGCAGAAGAGGGCUCGUCAGGGAAAACCACAUUAUUGUCAUACUCAUUUCAGCAACUUGAUCGCAUUGACUCUUUGAGUGAGCAGAUUGGCUUCCUGGAGGAGAGACUCGGUACAUGUUCCUGCCAGGAGGACCAACGAACCUCUCCAAUCAAGUGAAGAUGAUCUCUGUUUGUCAUCAAUGCAAUAAAUAAUCAAUACAACUUGUGAUACACUUUGUAAUCAACAUUACAUCUAGGACCACUGAUCUCUGCUUCUAAAACAGUACUUAUAGAUGGAGGUCAAACAAACCACUGUGUUUUCAAUGUCAUUGGUACAGCUGUGUUUACUUUUAGGCACUAAAAUGUCCAGGGGAGACGGAGGCACCUGUUUUAUCUAUUUAAAUUAUGAUUACCUGUAGUUACUACUCAUUGCACCAACUUUUGUACCUAUUUUUGUGAUACAUUUUGUAAUAAAAUCAUCAAUCAGA